ACAACAAAAGCGAGUUAUUCACCUUCGUAUCUUACUAGCCAACAUCGACGAUAAAAUUGCAGAUGUUUAAAUGCUUUCGUUGUAUAUUAGCCACUGUGUUUUAAACACACUUGUCGUAUCUCCUGGUUAGUUACCCAAUUUAAUAUUUACGUUGUUGUCAGCUAGCUAGCUGGGUAUAUUAGCAGUGCUAGUCUUGUCACUAAUGCUAACUAGCUAACUAACUAACAUCCCAACCAUGAACUCAGUAAACGACUCCCCACCUUCUAAAGAGGGGGUCUGCUGGACGGAGAAAGAAACUCUGGGGCUGAACAUUGUCGUGAAAGAGGAGAAGGAAGAAGAGGAUGUCACAGUAAAACAAGAAACAGAGGUUGAGGCUGUUACAGUGAAAGAAGAAGAGAAAGAGGUUAAAUUGACAGAAGAUGAAGACACGUUCAGAGUGAAAGAGGAGGAAGAGGAGGAUGUUACAGUGAAAGAAGAGGAGGAAGAGAAAGAGGAGAUGACUGCCACAGUGAAAGAAGAGGAAGACGUUUUUGGAAUGAAGGAAGUGGGAGAGAUUACUGUCACAUUAGAAGAAGAAGAAGAGGAGACAGGAGAUCUGAUUAACAACAGAGAAAGACCAGACUCUCACUCUGACAGACGGAAGAAGAGUCCUUCAGGGGAACCAGACCCAGAGACGCCCAAACCAGGGAGACGACACCACUGCUCCCAGUGUAAUUUGAGUUAUAAGUUUUUAUGGAAACUGAAACAGCAUGAGAGGACACACAUAGGGGAGAAGCCACACCACUGCUCCCAGUGUGGAAAGAGUUUUACCCUGUUAGGGAACCUGAAAAAGCAUAAAGGAAUACACACAGGAGAAAAGCCUUUCCAAUGUUCCCAGUGUGGAAAGAGAUUUUCACGAUCACAGGAACUAAAAUCACAUGAGAUGAAACACACAGGGGAUAAACCACACCACUGCUCCCAGUGUGGAAAGAGUUUUACCCAGUUAGGGACCCUGAACAAACAUAAGAGAAUACACACAGGAGAAAAGCCUUACCACUGCUCCCAGUGUGGAAAGAGUUUUAUACAGUUAGGGAACCUGAACAACCAUAAUAUAAUACACACAGAAGAAAAGCCUUUCCAAUGUUUCUACUGUGGAAAGAGAUUUUCAAGAUCACAGGACCUAAAAUCACAUGAGAUGAUACACACAGGGGAGAAGCCACACCACUGCUCCCAUUGUGGAAAGAGUUUUACCCAGUUGGGAAGCCUGAACAAACAUAAGAAGAGAAUACACUCUGGAGAGAAAUCUUAACAUACUUUCCCAGUCAGAGGACCUGUAAUCACAUGACAGAAUAGAGAGGCUGUCUUCUGACUUGUGUUUUUGAGGUAGUUUUUUAAAUUAAAUGUUGAUAUAAAAAAAUAUGUUUUGGAUAUUUUAAAAUUACAAUUAUUAAAUAGAUUAGUAGAAUGUGCAUUUCUUGAUUUUUAACCUAGAAUUGUUAUGAAUUUUAGUUGUUGUGUUUCAUUGAGUUAAUGUGUAUACUAGUCUUCACGCUAAAAGUUUAUGAACAUAACCUAGAAAUAUUAUGAUUUUAGUUGUUGUGUUUCAUUGAGUUAAUGUCUAUACUAGUCUUCACGCUAAAAGUUUAUGAACAUAACCUAGAAAUAUUAUGAUUUUAGUUGUUGUGUUUCAUUGAGUUAAUGUCUAUACUAGUCUUCACGCUAAAAGUUUAUGAACAUAACCUAGAAAUAUUAUGAUUUUAGUUGUUGUGUUUCAUUGAGUUAAUGUCUAUACUAGUCUUCACGCUAAAAGUUUAUGAACAUAACCUAGAAAUAUUAUGAUUUUAGUUGUUGUGUUUCAUUGAGUUAAUGUCUAUACUAGUCUUCACGCUAAAA